AAUUGCUUGUAUUAUAUAUUAUUCUUCAUAUAAAUGUAUUAUUUUUAAUAUUAGAAUAUGAAUAGAUAAAAAUGAUUGCCUUUACAUAUUAAAAAACAAUAUACAAUUAUUUAUAUACAAUGUGUAAGUGAACGACUGACUAGCUCGUCCGCACACGAACAAAUCAACAACUGAACCAGUAUGCAACGCUAAAGAUAGUGUAACCAUUUGCUAUACGCUUAAAAUACCAAACGCUAAAAAAUUAACACAAAACAAUAGACGAAAACAAAUAGUUGAGUUGGCAAACAAAAACUAACAAAAAAAGAAAGAGAAUCAAACAUGGCCGAGGAGACUAUAAUACUAAUAUUGUUGGUAAUUGUGAUGCUGGUUGGCUCAUAUUUAGCUGGCAGUAUACCGCUGGUCAUGAAACUGAGCGAGGAGAAACUAAAAUGUGUGACCGUAUUGGGUGCAGGUCUGCUGGUGGGCACAGCGCUAACUGUCAUUAUACCCGAGGGCAUAAGAUCUCUUUAUAUGGAUAGCAGACGACAGCAGUUGCCACAAGCAGCGGAUGCAAGCACAACGGGCAUUUUGGUGGCGUCACCGCAAAUGGACUAUUCGAGAACAAUUGGCUUGUCGCUUGUAUUGGGCUUUGUUUUCAUGAUGCUUGUCGAUCAAGUGUCGCAACGCCAGACAACGGGUAGCGAAAACGAUAAAAAUAUUACGGCAACACUGGGUCUGGUCGUGCACGCGGCAGCCGAUGGAGUCGCUUUGGGCGCUGCUGCCACCACCAGUCACCAGGAUGUGGAAAUUAUUGUUUUCCUUGCCAUAAUGUUGCACAAGGCGCCGGCCGCAUUUGGUUUGGUCAGCUUUCUUCUGCACGAGAAAGUGGAGAGGCAACAGAUACGCCGACAUUUGGGCGUAUUUUCGCUGUCGGCGCCAUUGCUGACCCUGCUCACAUAUUUUGGCAUUGGACAGGAGCAGAAGGAAACGUUGAAUUCGGUGAACGCCACUGGGAUUGCCAUGCUUUUUUCGGCGGGUACUUUUUUAUAUGUGGCAACGGUGCAUGUGUUGCCCGAGUUAACGCAGGCACAUCAGCACAGUGGAAUGCAUCACAAGAAUGGCACUGGUUCCGGUUCCAGCACGUAUGAGUAUCAUGCGCUGGAGGAAUCACGCAGCGAAGCGGGGAUUGACUCUGCUGGGAGUGUUCAGGUUCACAGCAGCAGCAAACCAGGGCUGCUCUAUGGUGAACUCAUCAUUAUGAUCUGUGGUGCUUUGCUGCCCCUGGUCAUCACCUUUGGGCAUCAUCAUUAAGCAAAUGAAACAUCAGAAAAACUUGAUACAUUCAUAGCUAGCAUUUAAUUCGUAAAUUCGUAAUUGUAUAUAUUAUAAGUUAUAAUGUAGGGCUUAAGCGCAAUAUACACAUGUUAGUCAUUUAGUUGAAUAAUGCAAGCAGUUUUGAAUUGUGACAAGCGAUAUCGAUUAGCCGCAAUUAAACGAUUGCAAAUAUGUUUGCUUAACAUGUCAGCCAACCCUGAGGAUCAAUCGUGGCGCACAAUAAUCACUUCCUAUUAAAUCAAGCUCUACCGCAACCGUGGAGUAAACUGAACCUUAA